UUGCCAGCUAACUGGAUAAUGCUAUAAAACCCCAUCCUUCUCUCUCCCUCUCCGUCUCUCUCUCGCUCCAUUUCUAAAACCCCUCCAUUUCUUUUAAUUUCUCCACAGCAAACCAAAAGGAAGUAAAAUAAAAAAUAAAAAAAUGGCAACAAUCUCAUCCCUAGCAUCGAUACUACCCACAAGCACAAAGUUCACUCUCUUCACGAACCUACCAAAACCCACAUUCCUAAUAUUAAAGCCAACAACCCAUUUUAUUAAUUUUUCUAAAUUUUCACAUUUGGAUGUAGUUCUAAAUCCCAGAGUUCCAAGAAGGCUCUUUGCAGUAGCUGAAGAAGCAGCACCAGUUGCUCCACCGCCGGACCCUUCCUCAGAGGCUGCCAAGAGGCUUUACAUUGGUAACAUUCCAAGGACUGUGGAUAACGAUGAGCUUACUAAGAUUGUCGAAGAACAUGGUGCUGUUGAAAAAGCUGAGGUAAUGUAUGAUAAGUACUCUGGUAGGAGUCGCCGAUUUGCUUUUGUGACAAUGAGAACUGUUGAAGAUGCCAACGCUGUUAUUGAGAAACUGAAUGGCACAUUUUCUUUGCAGCAAAUUGGAGGACGGGAGAUAAAAGUAAACAUCACAGAGAAACCUUUGGCAUCAGGAGAUUUGUCUUUUCUCCAGUUGGAGGAAUCGCAAUUCGUUGACAGUCCCCACAAAGUUUAUGUGGGAAAUCUUGCGAAAACUGUAACUUCAGAAAUACUCAAGAACUUUUUCUCUGAGAAGGGAAAGGUUCUUAGCGCUAAGGUCUCACGAGUUCCUGGGACCUCAAAAUCCAGCGGGUAUGGCUUUGUUUCGUUCUCUGAAGAGGAGGAUGUAGAAGCUGCCAUCUCAUCUUUUAACAAUUCUCUUUUGGAAGGUCAAAAAAUUCGUGUAAACAAGGCGUAGAGUAGUUGUCCGUGGAUUCCCAGAAUAAUCAAUGUACUCAAAUUUAGGGGCAGUCGGUCUUUUCUUCUAGCUAUUGCUUUAGUCAUGUAUAUUUCUAUAAUAGCAGUGAUUUUAAUGCAGUGGACUGUCAUAUAAUUCUGUAACUAAAAGCACAAAUUCCACCUGUGCUAGGAUUGAGGAAUUGGUAACAAAGCAGUGCCUACUUUUAUAUUUUUA